AAGGGCGCGGUUUUUAAUUUCUUCAACCUGGCAACUCUCGAUGAACUGACCUCGUUAAAUGGAUGUUCGAAGAAGAAGGCAGAGGUCAUUUCAUCUCUGAGGCCGUUCUCGUCUUGGGCUGAUAUGAAAGACAAACUGGAAAAGAAUAAAAACCUUGGUAAGUGGAUAAUCAGUGAAUGCAAAGUGCUACUGGAGAUUCGCGACAACAUCAGAUCAUUGAUGGAAAAGUGCCAAAAAAUUUCGACCAACCUGGAAUCUUCCAUUUUUGAAUUACUAGGGGGGGAACAGCUUACUAAUAAAGCUGACGAUUUGACCUCUUUAAUUUUAUUCGUAAACCUGCCUAGUUUGUCCUUGACCCCUUACCAGCUGGUUGGUUUGAACUGGCUGAUCAUGAUGCACCAACACAAAUUGAAUGGAAUACUGGGUGACGAGAUGGGCCUGGGCAAAACCAUUCAGACCAUCGCCUUCCUGGCCUACCUCUUGGAGAAGGGCGACGAAGGACCUCACGUGAUCAUAUCUCCAUCAUCUACGAUUGAUAAUUGGUUGAGGGAAUUGCAGAAGUGGUGUCCGUCAUUAAAGGUUCUGCCGUACUACGGCUCGCAAGAGGAACGUCGGCACAUGCGCCACCAGCUCAUGAAGGCCGGCUCUGACGUCAACGUCAUACUCACCAGUUACAAUAUGGCGUCUGGGAGCGUUGAGGACAGGGUGCUGUUCAAGAAGUUCAACUACAGGUACGCGGUGUUCGACGAGGGGCACAUGCUGAAAAACAUGCAUUCCAACAGAUAUAAGAGUCUCAUGAAAAUAUCUUCAGAGAGACGACUCCUGUUAACUGGCACGCCACUGCAGAACAACCUACUAGAGCUCAUGUCCUUACUCUCCUUCCUCAUGCCAGAUAUUUUUGCCGGGAAAACAGACAACUUUAGGAAAAUUUUCUCGAUGUCGAGUGGUAGUAGUAAUGAUAUCAGGGGAACGUACGAGCAAGAGACACUUGUGCAUGCCAAAAGAAUUCUACAGCCAUUUUUUCUAAGGAGGCUUAAAAUUAAUGUAUUGAAACAACUGCCCAAGAAAUCUGACCACGUGAUCAAGGUCAGCAUGUCACAUGACCAAGGUCGUCUCUAUGAAAAACUGAGGAAACAUAAGGGUAAAAGUGGUUGUGGUAGUGACGUACAAUCGUCCGGGGCGUCGAUGCUGAUGCAGUUGAGGAAAUCAGCCAAUCACGAGCUGCUACACAGGGCACUUUAUAAUGAUGACCUGCUCAUGACCAUAGCUAAGAGACUCAUUAAGGAUUCUGCUUUCAGAAAUUCAGACGUGCAGUGCAUAUUUGAGGACCUUCAAGUCAUGUCUGAUUUUGAAAUUCACACUCUUGUCUCUAAGCAUAAAGUAACCAAAGAGUACAAAUUAGAGGAAAGUGUAAUAUGCCGAUCGGGAAAGUUUGCUCACCUGGACGAGGUCCUACCUGAGAUGAAAAUUAAGGGCGAUAGAAUACUGCUGUUCAGUCAGUUCACAAUGAUGUUGGACAUUAUAGAAGUCUACCUGGAGUUCAGAGGGUACAAAUACUUACGACUUGAUGGCUCAACGCCCGUUACUGAAAGACAGGAGCUGAUCGACAAGUUUACAGACGACGAUGACAUCUUCAUCUUUCUACUGUCGACCAAAGCUGGAGGCAUGGGUAUAAACCUGACGGCGGCGAACGUGGUGGUUCUACACGACAUCGACUUCAACCCCUACAACGACAAGCAGGCGGAAGAUCGCUGCCACAGGGUCGGCCAGACCAGAGACGUGAAAGUAUACAGGCUUAUAACCAAAAAUUCCAUUGAAGAGGCAAUGCUAAGGUGCGCGCAGGAUAAGCUAAAAUUAGAACGUGACGUCACUGGGAAUUCCACAGAUGUUAAUGAGGAAGCCAACACGGCCGAUGUCGCCUCCUUACUGAAGGAAGCUUUGAAGAUGAGAUGAAUAAAUUAAUAAAAAUUAUAAUAAUUAGAAGUAAUAAUUAGUUUAAUUAUAUUACCUCUUUACUUACAUAAUUUUACCUUAAAUUAUGUGGUAUAUUGAGUAAUUGUGCUAUCAAAUGUGUGCGUAUAUAUAUUUUUAACGUUUAUUCAUAUAUAUUUUAACUAAUUAGUAUUGAUUUUAUGCUGUUUUACAACGUGUGUUAAUAUGUGCGUGUGUGUUGUGUGUGUGUGUGUGUGUGUGCGUGUGUGGAUCUACGUUUAUGUUACAACUUGUAGGAUAAUUACUUUGUAUCGUUGGUACGUUAACUUUGUUCAAUCACACUGUGUCACUCGAUACAUGCCUUUAUCUUUUACUAUCACAUCUUUAUAUAUAUAUAUACAUAUAUAUAUACCCACAUAUUCAGAAGAGAGCUAGUUAUAGUCUAAUGGCAAAUAUAAAAUUCAAUCUUCGUUUAGCGUCCAGAGACACAGUUUUCCGAGGUAGGACGUAUAAAAUAUGAAAUUAUGCAU